AUGUCGACGCACUCCACAACAAUGCUGCUGAUCACCAUUGGCAUGAUAAUAGCUGCGCUAGCCGAAGCGACUGGUCACGUGGAUCUCUAUCAAGAUGCAUACUUCAAGCACAAGAUCGUCACCGUCAGGAACGUGCAAACCGACACGUGCUACAAUUUGGCAUGUCCCGCUAGCGACAAUGUGGCCACGUCUGCAAAAUGGAGUGGUCUCCCCGAAUCGAAUGGGGCGUUCAAGGGCAGAUCGGCCUUGAUCAUGUUCUACACCGAACGAGACUGCUCCUCGGACUACACAGCAUGGCCAGUCAACACGCAAAGUCGAGACGAUUUGUACUUCCCUGAGAACUUUUGCUUGGACGGGAUCAACGAUGCCAUCUCUUCGUUUCUCGUGGCAAGUGAGGCCAUACUUAAAGGAUACAAGAAAGUAUGCAACGAAGCGGGAGCUCUCGACAAUUCAACCGCUCUAGACUACGAUACUGGUAGCGAAGGAAGUAGCACGGUGACCAAUAGUACAGUUGAGUAUCCGUAA